AUGGCGCUGAGACGAGGACACGUCAGGUACUUGAAGGUGUGCGAGGUGCAGGCGCCCCAGACGGACGACCCAGAAGCUCAAGGAGCCGCCGUGGAAAAGGUGAGCGAUUUGCGGCGCUUGCCGGGCAUGUACGACAACGGCUUCGCCCGGGACGACGACGACUCCAGGACCAACCUGAUCGUCAACUACUUGCCGCAGAGCAUGAACCAGGACGAACUGCGCGACCUGUUCGCCAACGCGGGAGAAGUGGAAUCGGCCAAGCUCAUCCGGGACAAAGUCACCGGCCACAGUUUAGGUUACGGCUUUGUUAACUUUGUUAACGCUAGUGAUGCCGAGAGGGCAAUCAGUUCCCUCAACGGCCUGAGGCUUCAGUCUAAAACCAUCAAGGUGUCGUACGCCCGGCCCAGCUCGGAGACCAUCAAAGACGCCAACCUGUACAUUAGCGGUCUGCCGCGCGGCGUCGGUCAGCAGGACCUGGAAGAUAUGUUUUCCAGUUUUGGACACAUCAUCAAUUCCCGCGUGCUGGUGGACCAGGCCUCAGGUCUGUCGAGGGGCGUGGCCUUCAUCCGAUUCGACAAGCGGGCGGAGGCGGAGGAGGCCAUCAAACAGCUGAACGGUCAGACGGCGCCCGGCGGCACGGAAACCCUGACGGUCAAGUUCGCCGCCAAUCCCAACCAGGCCCGCCACGCCCAGGCGGCGGCGUACAGCUACCACGGACAGUCACGUCGCUCGGCCGGACCCGUUCACCACCAGGCGCAGAGGUUCAGAUUCUCCCCGAUGGGGGCGGAUUACGGCGGCGGCGGCGGCGGCGGGGCUCCGGGAGGCCCCGCGGGCUGGUGCAUCUUCAUCUACAAUCUGGGCCAGGAGGCGGACGAGGCCAUGCUGUGGCAGCUCUUCGGGCCCUUCGGCGCCGUCAGCAACGUCAAGGUCAUCCGCGACUUCAACAGCAACAAGUGCAAAGGCUUCGGCUUCGUCACCAUGAGCAACUACGAGGAGGCGGCCGUGGCCAUCCACAACCUCAACGGCUACAGGCUGGGAGACAAGGUCCUGCAGGUCUCCUUCAAGACGGGCAAAGGCCACAAGUAG